UAUUCUAUUAUUAACAAUAUGAUUAAUCGUGCAAUUAAUCAUGAUUAAUUAUUUUAAUCGCUUGACAGCCCUAAUUUAUAUAUCAGAAAUUUCCUUCUUCCAUUACGUUCUAUUUGAAAUUACAAUACAAAUCUCAAGAAGCGGAGUCUACUACAGAAGUCUCCAGAAUUUCUAAAAAGUAGUGUUACGUUAAAACAAAAACAUAUUUUCCUCUGUUGCACGUGUAGCAGUUAACCUACAUUUUAGCUGGAAAUGGACAAAACUGGAAAAGAAUUAUAUGAAAUGGGGUUCCACAAUGUUUAUAUGACAUGUUGCUUUUUAGUAUUUUAUUAAUUAUGAUGUUCAUCCAUACUAACACAGCUAAAAGUUCAAAAUAAAAUUUUCAUUUUGUCCCCUCACUCACAUUUUUUAGGUAGGGGUUGGGAACAAAUGGCAGAAUAAGAGAGGGACCUGCAGGAAUUAAUAUUUCAUCUAUCACAAAGUAAAAACAAUCCAGUGAUGAGAUUAUUUGCCUAACCCCCUACCUGCCCAAACUUUGUGAUAUAUUUGCAUAUGGUUACCUAAGUUUAUAUCCAAACCAAGUGCCUACAAACAUUUGCCUGUACUUUUAUAUUCCAUGAGAGGCAAAUAAAAAUUGCUGUUUGAUUUCACCAAUGCUAAAAAUCUUUUGUUGAUCAUUUUUGUCCUCACUCUGCAGCUAUGGGGAGAGGGCUGCUGCAGGCCAGGAUCUCAAUUUAACGUGCUGUACUUACCCUGGUUUAAAUGCUUUCUUCUAAAAUUUACCUAUGACCAAGGAAGGGCAGAAAAGAACGUUAGUCUGAUCUCUCCUAGUAGCUUUCUCAUUUACAUCUGUUCAAAGAAAGGCUCUCCUGUAAUGGAAGGAAGGAAGAUAAACAAAGCAUUCUCAGAAAGGCAUUCUUAAUUUCACUUCUGUAGGCAAGGAAUUCUGCCAUUUAAAUACAGCAACAGAGGCAAUAUGUAAUUAUCCUUUAUUAUCAUACCCUUUAUGGCUGCGAUCAAAUGCCGUAUCAAUUUACUAUGUGAUACUUCCUCUCUUAGAGCCAAUAAUAUAUUCUGUCCUUAUAUAGGGACUGUAAUAAAUCUAAUAGCUCUUUUCCAUCUCUAUCAACUGAUUCCGCAGGGGCAUAUUUAUAUAGUUCCUUUGACCCUAAAACACAAAUUGAUUACAAUCUCUGUAAUACAAAUAAUUUCACCUAAUGAUGAAAUGCAGCCACUUCAGAAUGCAAUUCAGUAACUGUUUGACAAUGUACUACAGCAAAAUUCUACUGAACAAUGGAAGGUUUUGUUUCCAGCUGAAACCUUAAUUGAAUUGGCCUCAUUAGCACUGACCCCCCACUUGGUAAGGCAACUCCCAUCUUUUCAUAUAUAUACUGCUUACUGUAUUUUUCACUCCAUGCAUCUGAUGAAGUGGGUUAUAGCCCACGAAAGCUUAUGCCCAAAUAAAUUUGUUAGUCUCUAAGGGCCAAAAGGACUCCUCGUUGUUUUUGCUGAUACAGACUAACACUCUGAAAUCUGUGGGGAAUGUUGCCAGUGCCCCUGUACUAUGUUUUAAUAUUUUCACUUUCAUAUUUUACAAUGUAGUAUGUAGUGACUCCUGUUAAAAGCCUUUUCAACACCAGGACAUAUGGCUUCCAGUGCUUUUUCCACUUGUAUAUGGGUCCCCAGUGUAUACAUUUAAUUAAGAGUAUUCUCAGGGUUAUCUUCUGCUUAUCCCUGUGGAAUAUGGUCCCCAUAUGGUCAGUAUCAAUUAGGUUGGCAAGCAUUCAAUUAAGAUUUAUUGCCAGUAUUCUAAAUUUAUAAUCUCUAUUUCAUAAAGGCAGUGAUAGGAAAUGCUGAUACAUUUUCAAAUCCCUCUGGACUUGAAAGCAAAGACAUGCAUCUCCAGUGCUCCCAGUCAUCACAGCAGGGUAAUGGAUGAGUAGCACCUCAGAGAGAAGAGUGCCACGUCCUUAAUCCUAGUAUUGCCAACCCCAAGCACUCAAAAAAUCAUGAGUCAGGCCCCCAAAAUCAUGAGAUUUAAAAAAAAUAAAUAAAGGGUCAAAAACCAGAAGCUAAAUAUAACUCUAAAGUACGCUUGAGUCACAUUUUCAAGCUUUUCUCUGAAAUCACGAGGGCUAGAUUUUUUUUAAAAAUGUAAACUAACUUUCUUAUGUAAUUUCAUGAAUCCAGGAGAUGGGGCUUUCCAGCUAAAUAAUUCCAACCAACACCAAAUAUUGUGAGACUUGGCAACACCGCAAUUCCCAACCCAGUCUCAGUGCCAUGGAUUUCCCUUACUACGGUUAUUAUGAAGGAUGUGUGUUUACCUAGCAAAGAGAUGAAGAACUUCCCUCUGUCAGGGCCAGCAUAACAUUGCUGUUUUAGAAACAAAAUGGUGACCCUGAGGAGGAGAGUGUUUCCAGCCAGUGGGCAGUAGUUGCGUAACAUGGCUGCCUGCUUUGAGAACUUUUCUGUAGCUACUAGUAUCAAAGGAGCAGAUGUGCAGAUCGGGAAAACGUCAAGAGGUUACAAGGUCGCCUCCAUUCCUUAUAAAUACCAGACAAGAGUGAUCCCAAACUCAGAAAAAAAGGGGUUUAAUUCUCAAGCAAAGAGGUUUCAGUAUAACCAGAAUGAAAUUCCAGGCCCGGGAUUCUAUAACGUUGUUCACCAAUCUGCAGAGAUUAACAGCACCUCACUGUCAAAGAAGGGAACGGGCUACUUUCCUUCCAUGGAUGCUCGUCUCCUACAGAAAAGAAAACCCAGCUACCCUGCCGCAAAUGCCUACAACCUCUCGUUGGCAUUUCAAUCCAAGCAAGAUUUCAGCAUGGGAAACUCCAGCAUGUUUCAGCAACCAAUCGCUAAGAGGAGAGAGCAAACGUCCACCCCAGCGCCCAAUCAAUACAACGCCUCUCUAGAUUUCUGCAAGCAAAGCAACAACGUGUGUGCCCGGGCGAUGUUUUUGUCCAAAACGACAAGAGGAUUAAGCACUGAUAAAACAGAAAAAUGGCCUUCUCCGUGCCAUUACAGAAUCAACGAAUCCCUCGUCAAGAAGUCCCCCAGGAUUCUAGUGUCUUGCUUCAAAUCAAAUACUCAUCGUGAAACAAAGGUGAAUACAAUAAGCCCAGGGCCUGCAGCCUAUCAGCUAAGCAAACCCACAAAAGCAGCAAAGAAGACCACUUCCAUGCGAAAGCAAAACUUGAAUUUCUCCGCCCCAGCCAUACCACCCCCAAAAAAUCCACCUUUGCCUGGUCCAGGGCAGUAUGAAAUAGUGGACUACGAAGGCCCACCAAAGCAUUACAUCUCUAGUGCUGUAUUUGUCUCAAACACAGGACGGUGGAGAGGGGACACAUCUCAGCAAGGGAUACCUGGGCCAGGUACUUAUCUGCCAGAAGUACCAGGGAAGCAGUCCUUUAUGUACAAUAUUGAUAACAAGUGGAUUCCAGUACUGUAGGCAUCACAGCCCACAUAUUUUGGAGAAAUUCUGCAAAGACUGGACUUCAUUCAAAACCAGCAGUACAUCCGCUAACGCACGAGCAAGCUAUAGUGUCCCCAGCACCCAUGUUUUCACUAUCUUUAUUGUCUGGCAUCUGAUACUGGUAUUUUGCACAUAUUGCAAACUGAAAGGUGAUUAUUAGGCUGAAAUUGACUAAGAUCUUCCAAUUAAGCUGACACUGAACAAUUCAUGCAAAUAUUGUUUGAUUCUUUUUUACCCUAUGGACUUAGUGGUCAUGUAUCUUUGGCACUGAUAAAUUCUGGCCAUAUAUCGGCCAAUCACGUGAAACACGGUAUACUUGCGGUAAUCUAUAUCUUGCUUUUUAUCCCCAGUUGUCUUGGUUGGAACAGUGGUUCACCUGAUCCUCCAUUUAGGCCUCUGGCUUUUAGAAUGCAUGUGUGGUGCUGGAUUAGGUGCCCUCUCUCCCUGUAAACACAAAAUAAAUCUCUGUGUGUUCUAGUCAUGACACUAAUACAAAUAAUAAAUAAUAAUAAGAGCCUGUGUGGAGCAGUCUCAACUAAUCAACAACAGCAAAAGGAGGUGGGAGUA